AUGACACAGUAUACGCCUGCCCACUAUUGCCUGAUUGGAUUAAGUGUACUAGUUAUUGUUUCAUUCUUUGUGGGUUUGGUCUACCUCAUCGUUCGAGAACACUUUAAAAGAACUGAAGCCAGGAAACAGCAGUGGAAGAAUAUGCUGCAGCGACGAAGGAAGGCAAUCAGUGGACAGCCCAGAAGUUCAAACAUGGAGGUUUUCCAGAAGAACGUUACUGAGGAAUGA